AUGACCUGCCCUGAGAACAGCUAUUAUGAGAUUUGUGGAAACGGUUGCCCAGCUACCUGUUCUAACCGGACUGCUCCCCAAACCUGUGAGGACACCUGUGCAACGAUCUGCCAGUGCAAUAAGGGCUAUGUCCGAGAUGGUGAUCAAUGUGUCCCAAUGGACACCUGCAACUGCACCCACAACGGCAUCACCUACAGCCCAGGGCAGGAGUUUUGGGCAGAUGAGGGCUGUCAUUCUCGUUGCAAGUGUGACCCGAAGAUUGGCAGGGCUGUGUGCCUUAAGUCUUCCUGCAAGGCCAAUGAGAAAUGCACCAUGGUCAGUGGAGUCCGGGAUUGUCGAGCCCCCAGCUACUUCACUUGCAUAGGAACUGGAGAUCCUCACUACACCUCCUUUGAUGGAAAGAAAUUUGAUUUCAUGGGAACCUGCGUUUAUCAGAUGGCCGGUGUCUGCUCCAAAGACCCCAGCCUCACCCCAUUUUUGGUCACGGUGCAGAAUAACAACCGGGGCAGUAAAGCAGUGUCCUACACUAAAGUGGUGACUUUGGAGGUCUACAACAUGAACAUCAGCCUGAGCCAAGAAUAUCCACGCAAAAUUCAGGUCAAUGGAGUCUUUGUGGACCUGCCUUUCACCUUUGAAAAUAAGCUGAAAGUCUACAUCAGUGGAGUCCAUGGCUUCAUCCAAACAGACUUUGAUCUGAGAGUCAGCUUUGACUGGUACAGCUACGCCAGGGUCAUCAUACCUAACACUUAUGCCAAUGCUAUCUGCGGACUCUGUGGCAAUGCCAAUCAGGAUCCCAGAGAUGACUUCACCAUGAAAGCUGGAACUCAAGCAGUCGAUGAAAUCCAAUUUGCAGACAGCUGGAAAGUGAGGGAUGUCCCAGGGUGCUCAGCGGGAUGUACCAGCAACUGCCAAGUGUGCGGGGAGGCAGAAAAAAAACCCUUCAAGACUAACAAGUACUGCGGGGUCCUCAUUCAAAAAGAUGGGCCAUUCAAACAGUGCCAUGGAGCCAUUGACCCAACAUCCUUCUUUGAUGACUGCGUCUUUGACACCUGUCUGUACAAGGGUCACCGUGACACUCUCUGUCAUGCCAUCAGUGCCUACGCAACAGCUUGCCAAGCUCAGGGUGUUCAGGUUGGGCCAUGGAGAUCAGCCUCCUUCUGCAGCCUUCCCUGUCCAGCUAAUUCACACUAUGAACUUUGUGGAAACGGCUGCCCAAAAACUUGCAACAGCCUUUUUACUACAACGACAUGUGAGUCUCGUUGCACUGAAGGAUGUUUUUGUGACUCGGGAUUCAUCCUCAGUGGAGAUCAGUGUGUCCCUCUUGCACAGUGCGGCUGUGUGCAUCGCGGCAGAUACUAUAAGAGGGGAGAGGAGUUCUACCCCGACUCCUCCUGCCAAGAGAAGUGUCGCUGCACAGACCAUGGAGCUGUUGAGUGUGAAAAGUUCUCCUGUGGCUCACAUGAGGAAUGCAGGGUGGAAAAUGGCAUCCAAGGCUGUCACCCAGUGCGAUACGGAACAUGUAUAGCAUCUGGUGACCUUCAUUACAUUUCCUUUGAUGGGCAAAGAUUCAAUUUCCAUGGCUCCUGCACUUACGUCUUAGCCAAAGUGUGCAGUGAGGAUCCUCAGCUGGAGAGCUUCUCAGUAUUGGUGCAGAAUGAGAAGUCCAAGGACAGUGCAUUAGUUCUCUUAAGGAGUGUUGUGGUUUCCAUUCAUGGGUACACAGUUGUCCUUGAGAGAGGAAUGAAGUGGAAGGCGAUGGUGGAUGGAGAGCUACACACACUGCCAUUAAAUAAGGAUGAUGGGAAACUCUGGAUUACCCAGGAGGGGAACAAUAUCAUUAUCCAGUCCUCUUUUGGCUUCACAAUCCUUUACAAUACUUUCUCAUAUGUCCGUGUGACUGUCCCCAGCACCUACCAAGGACACAUGUGUGGCCUGGGUGGUAACUUCAAUGGAGACAAGCGUGAUGAUUUCAUGCUUCCUAAUGGAGAAGUUACUCAAAAUCUUGUUGAGUUUGGGGCCUCUUGGAAGGUCCCUGUAGAUGGUGUCAGCUGCUCUGAUGACUGUGGGGAGAAAUGCCCAACUUGUGAUGCUGCCAAGACAGCACCGUACAAGUCCGAAAGCUAUUGUGGCAUCAUUCUGUCUAAGACGGGCCCAUUCAGAGAUUGUCACCGAUUGGGGCACCCCACUCAUUACUUUGAGCAUUGCUUGUAUGACAUGUGCGCUGCCAAUGGAGCUCAAGAAUCCCUCUGUCCGAGCAUUCAGGCCUAUGCCGCCGCAUGCCAGGCAGCUGGUGCCAGAGUUGGAGUCUGGAGAACAGAUGCCUUCUGUUCCCUUACCUGUCCAGCCAACAGCCACUAUGAGGCAUGCACCACAACUUGUGAUUCCACCUGUGCCAGCUUGUCCACCGCACCCCAGUGCACAACAAAAUGUUUUGAAGGCUGCCAAUGUAAUAAUGGCUAUGCAUUUGAUGGGGCCACAUGUGUACCUUUGGACAGAUGUGGCUGUGUGCACAAUGGGAUUUACUUCAAGGCAGGAGAAAGCCUCUUCUCAAGAAAUUGCACUGAGAAAUGUACCUGCACUGCCUCCAGUCAAUUCACUUGUCAGAAAACAAGCUGCCCUGUCAAGCAACCCUGUGCGCUUAAGGAUGGUGUGCGGGGCUGUGCAACACAGGAAGGCCAGUGCAAGCUCACUGCGGGAGCCCAGCUCAUCUCUUUUGACAGUGCUUCUGCACAGUACAGCUGCAGUGGCAUUUAUGAUGUGGUCUCUGUUUGUGAUGAAGGUGCCCCCUCCUGGUUCAGGGUAUCAGUGAGCAUUGAACAGGAUAUUGAUGACGAAGGUUUAAUAGCAGGAAAGACUGUCUACGUCCACUUCCAAGAGGCAUCUAUCAUCGUGAAAAAGAAUAAAGGGACAUGGGUCAAUGGACGCUUUGUAAGACUUCCAUACAAGAACUCCAAAGCUUUCUCAGUGAGCAGUGUUCCUGAUGGCAUCUUGAUCGACCAGGCCUCUCAGAUGCAAGUUCACCUCCACCGUGAUGGAGGACUGACAGUCAAAGUAAAUAAGAACCUGGCAGGGAAAUUAUGUGGUCCCUGUGGAAACUUUAAUGGAGCUGCUGCCGAUGACCUGAGAACACCCAAUGGAGAGAAGAAGAGUAUUGCUGAGAUCCUCCGUUCUUGGAAGGCAAAAGACAUCUCUUGUUAAUCAAUAUCCCUUCUUUGAGGGUGGCACUGGCUACCAUUGUAUGCAAUGAAAGA